AAAACAAUUGUUGAUGAUAUUAAAUUGUAGGAGCAAAACGUGUAAACAUGUUUUGGUCUAAAGUUGGUACACUAUAAAUAGCUGCAAAUUUUGAAGUCAUUUGAGUGGUGACUGGUGUCAGGGGAAGCUCAAACCCAGAGCAGCAAAACAACAACAAAAAUUUCCAAGAAUAGAGAGAAAAGAGGGAAAUAUUAAAGGAAAAAUGGUGAGAACACCUUGCUGUGAUAAAACUGGACUGAGGAAAGGAACCUGGACUCCAGAGGAAGACCGGAAACUAAUGGCUUAUGUUACCAGAUAUGGCUGCUGGAAUUGGCGUCAACUCCCAAAGUUUGCUGGUCUGGCAAGGUGUGGAAAGAGUUGCAGGCUGCGAUGGAUGAAUUAUUUAAGGCCUAAUAUCAAAAGAGGAAGUUACAGCAAGGAAGAAGAAGAGACUAUCAUCAGAUUACAUGACUCAUUGGGAAACAGGUGGUCUGCCAUUGCUGCGCAGUUACCAGGAAGAACAGAUAACGAAGUAAAGAACCAUUGGCAUACAACUCUGAAGAAGCGCUUUAAACAUAAACCAUCAGCAGCAGCAAAAGAUGGGAAAGAUAACAGUAGUCAAGAUCCAAAACUCAGGCGUGGGACAAGUCGAGAGAAAGAAGAAACAAAGCUAAACGACGUUGAUCAUCUUCUAAUAAGUUCCCCAAAUCCUCCUUUGAUACUUGAAAGCUCACUCUCAUCUCAACAACCAGCCUCAAGUGAUCAAAACUCCUCCAUCACUACAGAUAACACAGUUGUAUCAAGCAAAUUAGACUCGGGUUCAGACGAUAAUAGUACCACAACCAAUACCAAUACCGAUAUCCAUACCGAUACCUUGUUAGAAGCCUACGAGGCAGAAAGUAGCAAUUUCUGGACAGAACCAUUUUUGUCCGACAUUAAUUACAUGUGGAGUGAUGUAUCGUCGGUAGUACCCUAUGAAGCUGAUCAGUUUCCAUUACUCGAUGGAGAAAUAUUAUACCCUUUUGAUUUCUACGAUCAGCUUCAAGGCCUCGACCUCUAAUUAGACACCCAUUUUCUGGUUUUAUUAUUUCCCCUACAUAAUCUGAUAAUCUUAGCCAUUGUUGUUGUUUGAA